AAUUUUGCCAAUCUCUAUUUGGUCUGGCAACCUCGCGUACGCCGUGUUGGUUUUUGAGGAGACCCCGUCGCUGUCUCUUUUCUCCGGUCAACAUGACUGGGUUUUCGCGGAAGCCCAUCAUCAUAGACGGCCAAGGCCACUUACUUGGCCGUCUCUCAGCGUUAGUAGCGAAGACACUGCUUCAUGGCCAGCGGGUGGUGGUCGUGCGAUGCGAGGGGAUCUGCAUAUCCGGGAGCUUCUUCAGGAAUAAGCUGAAGUACCUGGACUUUCUGCGCAAGCGGUGCAAUGUGAACCCAAAGCGAGGGCCCUACCACUUUAGGGCACCCAGCAAGAUCCUGUGGCGGACUGUGCGUGGCAUGCUGCCACACAAGACGAAGCGUGGCUCCCUUGCCCUGGACCGCCUGAAGGUCUUUGAGGGCGUGCCACCGCCGUACCACCGCAUGAAGCGCAUGGUAGUGCCGUCGGCGCUGCGUGUGCUCCGGCUCAACCCAAGGCGCAGGUACUGCACGCUCGGACGUCUUGGCCACGAAGUUGGCUGGAAGUACCAGAGUGUCAUCGAGUCCCUCGAGCUCAAGAGGAAAGCCAAGGCUGCCCUCUACCACAAGGCCAAGAAGUCAGACAGGAAACUGCUUGCACAGGCCAAGGAGCUCUCUGCUAAGCAGGUGGAACCGAUGGCAAAGGUCAUCAAGAGCUAUGGCUAUGCUGUGUAGUACAUGUGCAAGAAUAAAAAGAUUGGGC